AUGGUGUCCUUCAUGCUCCCAGUAGGCAUAGCUGAAAUGUGGGAUAGAGAAACCUGGACUUGGAUCCUGGCUUUGCAUCUAACUAUCCGUAUGACCAUGGACCAGUUACAGAAAAGUAUUUCUUAUCUUGGGUGUGCAGCACAGAUGUUUCUCUUUGUUACCUUUGGGACCACAGAAUGCUUUCUCUUGGCCGCAAUGGCCUAUGACCGCUAUGUAGCAAUCUACAACCCGCUCCUGUACUCCGUGAGCAUGACACCCAGAAUCUAUGUGCCACUCAUCAUUGGUUCCUAUGUGAGUGGCAUUUUGCAUGCUUCUGUCCACACAGUGGCCACCUUCAGCCUAUCCUUCUGUGCAUCCAAUGAAAUUAGACAUGUCUUUUGUGACAUCCCUCCUCUCCUCGCCAUUUCUUGUUCUGACACUCACACAAACCAGCUCCUGCUCUUCUACUUCGUGGGCUCUAUUGAGAUCAUCACUAUCCUGGUAGUUCUGAUCUCCUAUGGGUUCAUUCUAUUGGCCAUUCUGAAGAUUCGCUCUGCUGAAGGGAGGAGGAAAGUCUUUUCUACAUGUGGCUCUCACCUAACUGGAGUGUCAAUAUACCACGGAACCAUCCUCUUCAUGUAUGUGAGACCAAGUUCUAGCUAUGCUCUGGACCAUGACAUGAUAGUGUCAACACUUUACACGAUUGUGAUUCCCAUGCUGAAUCCCAUCAUCUACAGUUUAAGGAACAAAGAUGUAAAAGAGGCGAUGAAAAAAUUGUUCAGUAAAAAUUGGUAUAUCAAUAAAGUCUACUUUUCACAUUGA